UUUAGCAGUGACUCUCCAGCUGUUGAGCAGAGAGGAGCGCGCAGCACAGCGGACACACCAAACUAAACCCCGCUGCCUUCUCUGGAUUUUCUGUCUUUACUUUCGAGGUGAAUGAGAAUCGUGUUGGGAUCACAAGGAAACAUGCAGUCUCGCACGUGCUGCUCUUCAUCUGUUCGGGGACUUCUUCUAUCUGGCAUUUUCUUUUCGGUGCUGCUGGAGUUCGGUGCUGCGAGUGGUUUACCCUUCUUCCAGUCCAGUCGUCUCUGUAAGUUCUGUGAUGUGGAGACUUCGAACUGCAGCGGUACAGGAACCUGCAUGACCAGCUGUUCCAUCAACUCCAUCUGCGCGAAGAACACUGAGGUCUGUGUCUCUAUCUGGAGAAAGAAUGAAACAGGCUUCACAAUUGAAACUCUGUGCCACAACCCGUUCACACCACUGUACGGUGUUAUGCUAGAUGACUACAACAGCUCCACUUGUGUAAUGAAGGAGAGGAACUCAACAACUGGGAUGGCAUACUUCUGCUCGUGCUCAAAUGAAGUGUGUAAUGAAAACCUGAUCUUCUCCCCCCGUGAGUACAUUGUGGAUCCAUCUCCUCUGGUGUCUGUGAUCCUGAUCAGCAUGCUGCCCCUGCUGGUGAUGGGGAUUAUAGUUGUUGGAAUGUUCUUCUGGUGUCGAAGGCAUCGGCGACACCAGCUCAAUCAAGAAUGGGAGAGCGGCAUUAAGAAGUGCAAGCCAAUAGCCAGUGGGCUGGACUGCAGUGACGCCUGUGCCAUUAUGGUGGAUGACAAUGGGUCGGACAGCAGCUCGACUCACGCCAACAACCUGAACCAUAACAACGAGCCACUGCCUAUAGAGCUCGAUCUGCUGGUCGGAAAGGGACGCUUUGCUCAGGUGUACAAGGCCAAACUAAAGCAGACAACCUCGCAUCAGUUUGAAACGGUGGCUGUGAAGAUUUUCCCCUAUGAGGAGUAUGCUUCCUGGAAAAACGAGAAGGACAUCUUCUCUAACACAGAGCUCAGACAUGAGAACAUCCUCCACUUCCUGACAGCUGAGGAGAGGAAGGUGGAGAAACAGUACUGGCUCAUAACUGCAUUCCACCCCAGAGGAAACCUUCAGGAGUACCUGACACGACACGUGAUCAGUUGGGAGGAACUGCAGUUGUUGAGCAGCUCUCUAGCCAUGGGUGUCUCACACCUCCACAGCGACCACCUACCCUGUGGACGCCCAAAGGUUCCCAUCGUCCAUCGUGACCUGAAGAGCUCCAACAUCCUGGUGAAGAACGACCUGACCUGCUGUGUGUGUGACUUUGGUCUGGCUCUCUGUCUGGACAGCUGCCUAUCAGUGGAUGAUCUGGCCAAUAGUGGACAAGUGGGUACUGCACGUUACAUGGCCCCAGAGGUGUUGGAGGCCCGACUGAACCUGAAGAACAUUGAGUCCUUCAAACAGACCGACAUUUACUCCAUGGCCCUGGUUUUGUGGGAAAUGACAUCGAGAUGUGAAGCCAUUGGAGAGGUGAAAGACUAUGAACCAGCAUUUGGGUCUAAAGUGCGAGAGCACCCCUGUGUGGAGAGCAUGAAGGACAACGUACUGAGAGACAGAGGGAGACCUGAGAUCCCCGACAGCUGGCUAAAGCAUCAGGGUGUGGCGGUGAUCUGUGCCACCAUCAAGGAAUGCUGGGACCAUGACCCGGAGGCCCGGCUUACCGCCCACUGUGUCCUCGAACGCAUCUCUGAAUUUGAGGAUGAGGUGGACAAACUGUCAAGCCGCAGCUCCUCAGCAGAGAAGAUCCUAGAGGAGCUGAAGAUCCCAAUCACUGUGGAGAUCCCAGAGCAGGAGGUGAAAAUAAGUGAGAUACAGAACAUCAUCGCUGUUGACUGUUCUGUGAGUGACAAGAAGUGAGGGGAAGCUCUAUGUCUUUGUGGACUCGCAGCAAAUGCCUCCCUGCAGGCAUGUUUAUUCUGAUUUGAUGGGAUUAAGUAUGGUAAUGUUGAAGAGCUGAGCUCUUGCCAGACUUUGAGCCAAUUGCAAGUGUCAGUAACACAUCAUAUCUUAAUUGAUGCCCAGCAAAAAUAAAGUCUGGGUCAUGCCACUUUCAACAUGUAACUAAAAGUUAUAAUCAGCUCAAAAGCAAAAAUUCCAAAAUGAACUGGAAACUUCUACAGAUUUGCAGAAUCAGUCAGCGUUUUCCUCUAAACCAAAAGGUCUCUGCAUGAGAAAUAAAUAAUGCAAUAUGUGUCAAACUAAAGAUGUUGGAUUUGCACUUUAAUAUGACAAAAUUAUCUGUUACAGAUGCCUUAUUUCCAUGUUUCUGUAUUAUAACAUGAAUCUAACAAGUGCCUCUGUGUCUUCAAGGUUAAGCAAAUAAGUUACCUUAACACUAACUAUGCAGCAGACUCCAUCCUUACCAGCAGGUUAUUUAGAAUAUGAGUGUGUGUGUGUGUGUGUGUGUGUGUGUGUGUGUGUGUGUUUGUGUAUGUAUGAGAUAAUUGAUGCUUAUGUUGUUUGUAUUCUCCCACACGUUAACUUUUUUUUUUGCCAGAUAAGCACAUUGUACAUAUGGACAGUCAGUGUACAUAUGAAAUAAAUCAGCCAAAAAGGGAAAGUAAUCCUACUAAAGUGCUUGUUGGACACAGAGAUAAAAAAAAAAAAACUUCAUAGGGAUGUAUAUCUUUAAAGUGUUUGUUUUGUCUGUAUCAAUAAGCCGUUUGCCAAAUAUGUUUUACCUUGCCUUACAAUACAGUAUGUGUCAUAUGUAAGAUAUUGUAAAUCUUUUAUGAAUUAAAGAUAUUUCUGUAUACUGA